GCGGCGAGUGCAGUGCCAGUCCCAUCCGGGAGCCCGUGCGCUGAGCGGCGAGAGCCCGGAGCUGGCGGCUGAGGCGGGGUGUGGCGGAGCAGCCUUGCAGAGCGAGUUGUGCAACCCGCACAGUGAUUGGAAGCACCAACAACCUCGAGAAGAAAGAAAACAACUCAAAAAUACCUCGGGAGCCUGUUGCAUCUCAUCGAAGAAAGAGAUUAGCGAAAAGAAAGAAAAAUCUUUUUAUUUCCUUCAUUUCAAUCAAAUGAGAAGUUUCUACUGAGGCGUCGGCUGGUUCUUUUCUUUCCCCCCCUUUUUUGGGAGGUUGGAAUCUGAAUUAAAGAGAACUUCUUCUCAAACACAAAACAGAUUAAUCCUCUCCUAACUGGCCCAUGGGUUGCACCAUCAGCGCCGAGGACAAGGCGGCCGCGGAGCGCUCGAAAAUGAUUGAUAAAAAUCUGCGGGAGGACGGCGAGAAGGCGGCCCGGGAGGUGAAGUUACUGCUGCUGGGUGCUGGCGAAUCAGGAAAAAGCACAAUUGUGAAACAGAUGAAGAUUAUUCAUGAAGAUGGAUACUCAGAAGAAGAAUGCAGGCAGUACAAAGCUGUGGUGUACAGCAACACCAUCCAGUCUAUAAUGGCCAUCAUCAAAGCUAUGGGAAACCUGAAGAUCGACUUUGGAGAGUCCAGCAGAGCUGAUGAUGCCCGCCAAUUGUUUGCACUGUCUGGGACUGCUGAGGAACAGGGCAUCUUGCCUGAAGACCUGGCAAAUGUGAUCCGGAGGCUUUGGGGUGACGCUGGAGUUCAGGCUUGUUUUGGCCGAUCCAGAGAAUACCAACUUAAUGACUCUGCUGCGUAUUAUCUGAAUGAUCUCGAAAGGAUAGCAAGAUCUGAUUACAUUCCCACCCAGCAGGAUGUACUGCGAACCAGAGUCAAGACCACAGGCAUCGUAGAGACCCACUUUACUUUUAAGGACUUACAUUUCAAGAUGUUUGAUGUUGGUGGACAAAGAUCUGAGAGAAAGAAGUGGAUCCAUUGCUUCGAAGGUGUCACUGCUAUUAUUUUCUGUGUCGCUCUCAGUGCUUAUGACUUGGUCCUUGCUGAAGAUGAAGAGAUGAACCGCAUGCAUGAGAGCAUGAAACUGUUUGACAGUAUCUGUAACAACAAAUGGUUCACGGAAACUUCAAUUAUUCUCUUCCUCAACAAGAAGGACCUCUUUGAAGAGAAGAUCACCAAGAGUCCUUUGAAUAUCUGCUUCCCUGAAUAUUCAGGGGCAAAUGAGUACGAUGCAGCUGCUGGCUACAUCCAGACCAAAUUUGAAGACCUAAAUAAGCGGAAGGACACCAAGGAAAUCUACACACACUUCACAUGUGCCACCGACACGAAGAACGUGCAGUUUGUAUUUGAUGCAGUCACUGAUGUCAUCAUCAAGAAUAACCUGAAGGAUUGUGGCCUCUUCUAAGAAGUUACGUGAGGAUGAAGUUACUUGAACUGCUCAGUGUGGAGGAUCCCAGAGGAAGGACUGCAUCAAUAAAAUCAGCUUUCUGCUUUUAACAGCUUUUUACCAGAGACUUAAGACCAUAAAUGCAUCACAAACUUCUCCAGUCUUUCUAUCCCCUGAUAAUGCAAAAUUUGUACUAUUUAAUUAAUUUUAUUUUUUCAAAAAUGCCUUGUUUUGGAGUUAUCACCAAUGUCCUUGAGUAGAAUUAGCAACGUUUUGCAAGUGCCAGCGAAACUCUCCAUAAUUCAGUUAUGUUGAGCAUGAAUGCCAUAUUUUUAGGUGUGCAUUUUUAAUUGUUUAGAGCAUGUGAGAAAUUAAGUAUGAUUCCCUUCCAAGCAUAAAACACAGUGGCUUAACAAAAAGAGAUGGCCAUUACAUCAAACCACUUGUGUCCCUGUCAGCAAAAAAAAUUCCUUUGUGUGUGAGAGUUAGUUUGUCAACUAAGUUGCAUGUAAAUCAUAGAUGUUUCCUAGUUCUUCACAUUUGCACAACCAGCAUUCAUUAUGUGUUUAAGAAGUGGCUUGAAAAAGGCUUUAUUAGCUACAAAGCUGCAAAUUCAUUUAACAUAUAUUUAAAAUGUAAGUAACCUACAAUGUACUGAUAUGAAUUUUGCUGCAGUAAGUUUUGUGCCUUGAAUAUAACUUUGUUUACAGUUGUAACUGAGUUCUGCUUAAUUUUAAUAUUUUUUAUUUCAUCCCCUGCCCCAUGAAAAUUAUGAUGGGAAUGAUUUUUUAUUUUGGCUUGUCCAAAUGAAAGAUAUCAUGAGGAGAGAACCAGUUAGAUGGUUGUCUCUUCACUUUACACAUGGAGAAAUUCAGUCCCAAAUUAAGUUACUGUUUGCACCAUUAAUACCAAGUACUAACCAGGAUUUGUCCUUGGUCUAGAUUUUAAAUGCAGUAAAAUUUCUUCUGUACUUUUUAAUGGUGAACUCUCUUCUCCAAAUCCCUUUUCCUCAAAAGAAAAUCUCCCUCCACUUUCCAUCAUCUCCCAAAUGGAUAGUCAGUCAUUGCUAAGCCACCAUCUGUGCUAUCCUACUUCCAUUCAUAUCCAUUGAUCUGGUUAGUUUUCCAUUGUCUUUAAGAACUACCAGAUCUUCAUCCCCAAUUCAGACAUGUUUGAAUGGACUUUUCAAAUAAAAGGCUCUGUUCUCUCGAUCAAUCUUAACCGUUCUCGUCUGUCUUCUCUCCACCUUCUGUUGUUGGGAUGGGUAGAUUCAGUUUUAAGUUUCAUCUUGCAGCCUAUCUGAAUUAAUAGAGUAAGCAACUGAAAAUGGAUAGGGUUUGAGGGCACAUAACACUAUGGAUGUCAAUUAAGAGCCCUGCGUUCCUGCCUUCUGACCAACACUCAACCAACAUCUGAACCUUUUGAGAUCAAAUUACUAAAGCAGAAUGCUUGGUAAUAGUCUCCUUUUCCUUUAUCCCACUACCUCUCUCAGGAAGGUCAGGAUACACACAUACAUGUGAUAUGCAAGGUCUACAUGUUUCCUGUAGAAGAAAUUCCUUAUCACAUGUAGACUAUCCUUAAACUAAUAACUGCUUUCAACCCCAUUGCUGAUUUUUGCCUCCAUAUUGAUGAUGGUGAUAGAUCAAUUUUUGUUAUUUGCUGCAACUUAUGUUUGUGACACAAAGGGCGCCUCUGUGUGUAUGAAGUGCGCCCUUUAACCAGAUGUCCAACAGUCCUUGCAGAUAUUUCAACCUCUAUUCAUUAACCUCUCUUGUUCAGUUGAGCACUUUUUUAUUGCUUGCAGCAGCCGAGUUCGUCAGAACCAUUGUCAGUUCACGUAAUUGCCAGUACUCUGAAAUAAUAGUCAAUUAGGGAUAUACUGCAUCUACUGUGGUGAUGCCCAGUGCCUGAAACAUUGAAGCUCACAAUAGCCUUUUACUUGACAGUUGCCUGCUCAUUUUGCAGCUUGUUGUGUUCUCUUUACUUAAUUACAAAAAAAUUCUUGUGACAUGGAUUCUGCAGAUAGAUAAAUGCUUUAACAGUCUUCUGUAAACUUUUUUAAAGCUUUCUUCAUAGCAGUUAACUUCCAUUCCAUUUCGUACACAAUGCAAAUGUGUCUUUCAAGUUGUAAGUACUAAUACUGGGCUUUGUAAAGUUUCAGCAUGGUUUCUCAGGCAAGUCCUCCUCUGCAAAGAGUUCUGACUAUUUAUUCCUUAUUCAUUACAAAUAAGCGUUAAGUGUUUGACUUUUGUAAAUUUAGAAGAGGGGUUUGUCUUGGUUUCACUUGGAUGUAAUUAGGGUUUCUAGAUUUUAAGAUUCCAUUUUAUUCUGUGUCUUGUGUAACUAAUAAAAUUAAGUUUUAUGUACAUUCACCCAUUUAAGCACAAAGUUGGGACUGGUUGAUAGAUUCUCAGAAGCCCAGAUGAUAGGCCUAACAUGGCAGCACUUUUAACAUUCCAGAUACUAACUAAAUCUUUCCUUUCUGUUAAAAACUGAAAAUUUCAGUUUAACUCUGUAUACCACCGUUUCAGUCUAAUCGGCAAAAUUGUUUCCUACCUUUUGUUAUUAAACGUGCGGUUAGAUGGUGCAGUUUGAGCAGCUAAUACAAGGAGUCUGUUUGAUUGAAUCUUGGUAUCAGUAUCUUGAUUGGAUGGAGGAAUUGCUGCAUUUGUGUCUGGGAUGUUAGGUGGUUUUGAAUAAUAUAAUUUUAAUAAGUGAUGCAGUUUUAAAAAUGAAUUGAAUGAAUUGAUUUUUAUUCCAACAUGUAAUUCUUGACUGUGCAAAAAAAUCUUUUAAAGCUAUCUGUGGCCUUCAUUUCAUUUUUGCAUUUUUUUUAAAAUGAAGUAAUUCUUAGCUUGCGUUAUAAAGUAGAUCCAGUAGAAAUUGUUCAAUAAUAGAAUAAAAAUAAUAAUAGAGACUUUGUAUUCUGAGACUUAAGCUCAAGUUUAUGAAGGAAGGUUUAAACACAUUUCAUGUUUUGUUUUUUUUUGGCCAAGCUUUUUGUGAUCUCAAGUUGUGUUAACUCGGAUGGCAUGCAACCAAGUUUCCUAAUGGUAAGGUUAAGUUUGGGUACAGGGCAGGUUGGGGUCAGGCAGGGUGGGCCAAUGGUUGCAAUUUGACAAUAUUUGACUAUUACUUGUCAUCAUUUAAUGUUACUUACACACAUACACACCCACAUUUUAGUUUGUAAAGAGGCCAAGUGUAUUGCAACCAUGUACGUUUCUUACAGUAUGUUAUCUGGUGUAAAAACAAAUAAAGACCAAAUUAAUAAAGUA